AUGACAAUCACCACGACGAAGCCUACAUUUACAUUGGCCGAAGGCCAGCCCAUUGCAGAUCCCUCGGUCAGUACGACACUGCCCACUUUCGGUAGCGGUGCCAUCACAACCUUGGGCGACACACUGCUCCUGGAGACACUUGCGCAUUUCAACCGUGAGCGGAUCCCUGAACGGGUGGUCCAUGCCAAGGCUGCCGGUGCUUGGGGUGAAUUCGAGGUCACCAACGAUAUCUCGUCCCUCACGGCAGCCAAGUUCCUCAACGGCGUCGGCAAGAAAACGCCCGUGCUAUUCCGUCUGAGCACGACGGGCGGCGAAAAAGGCAGCGCAGACACCGUGCGAGAUGUGCGAGGCUUUUCCGUCAAGUUCUUCACGGAGCAGGGCAAUCAUGACAUUGUCGGGAACCACAUUCCGGUGUUCUUUGUGCGCGACCCGAUCAGAUUCCCUUCCCUCAACCGCAGUCAUAAAAGGCAUCCGGCUACUAACCGUCCGGAUUGGACAAUGUUCUGGGACUUUCAUGUCAACCAGCCCGAGAGUGUCCACGCCUUGAUGCACCUAUUUGGCUCGCGCGGUAUCCCCAGUUCCAUCCGUCGGGUGACAGGGUUCGGUGUGCACACCUUCAAGCUGGUGGCGGCUGAUGGCAGCUUCAAUUACUGCAAAUUCCACUUCCGGCCGGCGCAGAGCAUCGCCCACUUCACUGGAAAACAGGCUACCCUCAUGGCCGGGGCCAAUGCCGACUUCCACAACCAGGAUCUGUGGGAUGCCAUCUCCCGGGGCCAAUAUCCGGUAUGGAAGCUGUACGUACAGGUCAUGAAGCCCGAGCAGGCCGAGACCUACGGCCGCGCUCUAUUCGAUAUUACCAAAGUCUGGCCCCAUGCGGAGUUCCCCUUGAUUGAGGUCGGACAAAUGACUCUGAACAAGAAUCCGGAGAAUUACUUUGCUGAGAUCGAGCAAGCGGCAUUCUCACCGUCUAACAUGGUCCCCGGGAUCGCAAUGACACCCGACCCUAUGCUGCAAGCCCGCAUGUUCGCCUAUCCCGACGCGCAACGAUACCGCCUCGGGGUGAACUACACCCAGCUCCCGCCCAACCGGGCCAUCUGCCCCGUCUACGCGCCCUUCGAGCGCGACGGCAUGGGCACCAUCACCCGGAACUACGGCGGCGAUCCCAACUACGUGCGGAGUACCUUGAGCCCCGGCAUCCCCAGUCAGGUGGUAUCCGACGUGCGCCACACCGAGCGCAUCGCGCAUAAUGCGAUGCUCGGCCAGAACGAGAUCCGGGUGGAUGACGAGGACUUUAUCCAGCCGCGCGAACUGUGGACGAGGGUGUUUGACGAGACCGAGAGAAGGCAGUGGGUGGCGAAUGUGUCGGAGACGCUGGAGAAUGUGGCUGCACCGCUGAGGGAUGCUGUCAUCGAGAUGUUCAACAAGGUCGAUCCGCAGAUUGGUCAAAUGAUGGCGGCGAAGACUCAGAGCAGCUCGCGCCUUUAG